AUGUCCUAUGUCACUCCAUCUAAGACUAACUUCACUGUUGGACUGCAGUACAGAGGGACACUGGAAGUUCUGUUGUUUUCUGCUCCAAUUACAACAUCUUGCUGUGUGUUUCUUUUAGUUAAUGGGACCAUGCUACACAUCUUAAGGAGUAAAGCAGUGUUUCGUGAGACAGCCCGUUAUGUUCUUCUUUAUAAUUUACUUUUUGCAGACACCAUACAGAUGGUCCUGAGUCAGUUACUGUACAUACUAUCUGCUUGUAGAAUCAGACUGACAUAUCCUGUUUGUGGCUUUCUUGUCAUGCUUGCCAAUCUCACAACUGGGAUCUCUCCUCUCACACUGGUGGUGAUGUCUCUGGAGAGAUAUGUAGCUGUGUGCUACCCACUAAGGCAUGCUAGCAUCGUCACCAUCAGGAAGACAGCACUAGCGAUCAUCAUAGUUUGGGCCGUCAGUUCACUAAAUGUUUUUAUUCGACUGAUUUUGCUGUUAAAUUUUCCAUUUGAAGACUUAGAGAGUCUCCAAAUGAAAGACUUUUGCUCUAACACUCCUUUGUUACUUGGCCCCAUGUCUGAUCAUUAUGACAAAGCUUACACUUGGGUUCUUUUUGUAUCUGCUGGCGUUGCAGUUACUUGCUCCUAUAUUGGUGUUAUGAUAGCAGCCAGGUCGGCCUCCACAGAUAAAGUUUCAGCCUGCAAUGGUCGUAACACACUGCUGCUGCACCUGAUACAGUUAGGUCUCAGUCUUUCCUCGACUAUUUAUGACCCUUUGGUUACGGAGAUCUCAAAAGUCCUUGACAGAGUAACAGUUUUACGCAUCUGGAGUAUACUUUAUGUGUUUAUGAUCCUUUUCCCCAGAUGUUUGAGCCCACUUAUCUAUGGCAUUAGAGACCAAAUGAUCAGAGGCAUCCUCAUGUACCAUCUGUGCUGUCAAGUAAAACUGCCCAACAGUAUAAAAUUACUCAAAUAUUAA